AAGAGGAAACUCAGCUUGUAAACACUCUUGAACGUUGAGUCGCUGAGUGGAACAGACUGGUUGUAACUUAUGGAAAUUUGUCAUUUACCAAUAAAGUGACAAUGGAACGGAGUGCAGGGACAAUUUCAGCUAUUAAAGCUCUAAGGUAUCCAGGCGGCUCCUGCCUCUCCCGUUGCUCAUGUGAUGAGCUUCCGUGUCCGCUACUCAGCUGGCUGGCUGCUGAGCUCAGGAAUCUCUGUCCGGAGCUGCGAGACUCAGACAGGACAGGUGACGUCUUGCUGGUGGGAGAGCUGAGAAAUUUACUGUCAGACAUGUCCUCUCCUCUCGCUGUCCUGACCUCUGAGGUGCUAGAACCGUCCAGCCUAAACAAAGUCGCCGAAUUUCUCAUAUCAGAAUUGCAAGCAGCUAGCAUACUCAAGCAUAAGGAUUUGCAUCCCGAAGAGAAGACAGCAGGAGAGGAGUCUGAAAAAGAGCAGCGGGUAGAAAGUCACAGCCAUGAAGUCGCUGAGUGUUAUCGGGAAUACGACGAUGAUGAUGUUUCAGACAGAAGGAAGGCAGAAAUGCAGGCAGAAUGGAUAUUAUUGCUGCACGCCCUUGACAUGGAUGCUUCCUCUCAAUUUGAAGAUGUGUUGAGUGAGGUGAAGUCGAGACUUGCCCAACUACCAUGUGGAGAAAUGACAAAGUCUCUUCUUAAAACCAGCCCAAGCGCAGAGCAAUGGAUACAAGUGAAGAAGUUAAACCAAGUUUUGCUAGAGGAUUAUCAGUGUCGGAGACAAAUGAUGAUCAAACGCUUUCAGGUUACGCUUGCAUCAUUUGCGUGGGGAGAAAAACAAAAGGAGCGCAGUGCAGCGCUGGCUUCAGUGCCUCCUCUUGCAUCCCUUGCCGGCUCAUCCCAAGUGUCUCCAUCUCUUCUGCUUGCUACCAGAGAGGAUCAGUCCUUCACUGAUCUAAUCAAGGCUGAAACAAACACCCCUGUCUACAAGACACUAAUGGGCAGUGUACCGGACAGAGGAGGGCGGCCAGGGGAGAUUGAACCACCUAUGCCAGCGUGGGAAGGGCGAAGAGCGAAAGGAAACAGAUGGGGACAAGGAGGUGGACAACAUCAGCGACAUAAAUUUUCAGGAAAGAAGAAGAAAGGGAAAAGGGAGUAAAAUGUCUUUAUUUUGGUCUUUACUGCUCAAAUUGGGAAUAAAAAAAUGAUUUAAAGUUUUGUUGUAAAAUAAAUGACAAGUGUGGAAUGACAUAAUUUUACAGUUAUAAAUCUGUGUAUAAUUUGUAGUUCUACUCCAUGUACAUACUUGAUUGUGUACAUUUCUAAAAUGGCUUGGCAUUGCUAUAAUCUACUGGUAUGCGACCAGAUAUUUUUUUGUAAAACUUGCGUUCAUAUCAAAGAACAAAAAAGAAAAAUGAUGCUUAAAUUUUAUGUGUUUGCUCCCCACAUUUCUCAAUGGGUUUGCUGAAGAAUAAACCUAUUAAAAGCAGAUUUCUAGUUA